ACACUGUUGUCGUGCCUCGGAGACUCUGUUAGAAUAGUUGCACUUCUGUAUCGUAUAACUUAUUUGUUUAUUGACAUUCUCGUUUCUUUAAGUUACUGUUGACGGGAUCCGUAGAUUUAUUUUCUUGUGGAUGUCACGUUUGGAUUGAUGGACGGGAACAUUCACUAUGCAUCGACAUCUGGUUAUUCUCUCCCUUAUUCCGGGCAUGGUGGCGCUGCCUACCACAAGCACGAUGGCUACCGAUGGAACACCAGGCGCCAAUGUUUCAGAGCAAAACUCCUUGCCACAGGGGCAGAACAACUGCAUCCAGACCGGCAUGCGCUGCAUAUUUCUGAUCCAGAUGAUAUGUUGCCAUGGUUAUUGCGACCAAAUAACACAGCGAUGUAAGAACAAUGGUGGAGUCGGGAAUUGCAUCCAAAUUGGAAUGCAGUGUAACCCGUUGAACCAGAUGCGGAGAUGUUGCUAUGGUUACUGCGAUCAGUUAACUCAGGAGUGCAGAAACAACGAAGGCGAGGGGAUGUGUUUACCAGACGGCCAGCCGUGUAUUCGCAAUGGUGUCAACCACUGCUGCAGCAGCUACUGCUCCACAGGUGGUUAUUGUCAGUCCCACGCCAUCGACAAGGAAUCUUCAACUAAUUCCACAGACAAGAAAGAGCGAUAAGCAAAUGGGACAAUUAACCGUAUACACAUCAUCUUUAGAGCCCUUGUAAUAAAUGUCUUGUGUCUGUCGAGAAAUCUGUGAACACAAAAUGGAAAAAAAAGACAAAAAAGAGAAAUGUCUUUAUCCAUUGUUCUGGUGCUUGCAUAUCUUAACACUUGCAUGGUGAUUACGGUUGUGAAUGUGCCUUAUAAAGGUAGGAAUGAUUUUGUGUAUGGCGGUAGUUGUGUGUGUAUGUUGGGAGGAGGGUUACAGAGACCAUAAAGAAACAGAGACAAAUCGUUAGAAGAAAUGAAAGUUUAUAGCUUAUCAAAAUAGUUUUUUGCAAAGCCUUUUCCUUACUGACAUCUGUAAACACCGAUUCUGUUUCUAAAUUGGGACGUUCUACAAGAAAUUAAACAAAACAAAACUUUGU